GUAUAUUAGGUUGUUUUUAUUGAAUUAAAAAUAAAUAUAAACGUUUUAUGAUCUAAAUUUUAAAGUACCAUAAAAAAAUCAAACAGUACUAGGUGCGCCGGGAAAUUAUUAUUUUAUUUUCUUCACGAUUUUAACCACCCAGCUUCCAGAGAUUAGGGCUAUAUUUAACACUAACAAGUGGCCGAUGUUGACAAUUCUGUUUGUAGGAAACAUAAUAAUUAUAUAAUAUUCAUAUUAUUUCCAUCUUUAAAGAUUAAAAUUUGGAUAUUUUGAUUUUCGUUAAAUCAUAAUAUCCACGAUUCAGGACUAUUAUCUUUGCGGAUUGUACCUUCGGUCAUAUCACAGAAUAACAGAAUAUUAUUCUGUGGUCAUAUCAUAUUUAAUCUAUUAAGUUAUAUAUAUUUAUAUCAGAAACAGAUAGAAAAUUGUCUACAUAAAAAUUUGAGUUAUUCGUGGAAAUAUACAAUUUUAUAGUCUACUUACUGACACUCUUCGUUUUGUGUAAUUAUCUGUCCACAAUUAUCCACUGUGACUAUGUCUCGACAGAACACAAGAUUAGACGUUAAGAAAGUUAAUUCAGAAUUAUUUACUUUAACUUAUGGAGCCAUAGUGUCUCAAUUGAUGAAAGACUAUGAAAAUGUAGAGGAUGUGAACAAACAGUUGGAUCGAAUGGGUUAUAAUAUUGGUGUCCGUUUGGUUGAAGAUUUUUUAGCCCGUACUAAUGCUGGAAGAUGUUAUGACUUAAGAGAAACCGCAGAUAAAAUCCAGUAUGCAUUUAAAAUGUAUUUGGGUAUAACUCCGGCUUUAACUAAUUGGAGUGCUGCCGGAGAUGAGUUUUCCUUAACAUUUGACACUAAUCCACUAACAGAAUUUGUGGAACUACCAGAUAACUAUCAAAAUCUCAAAUAUAGCAAUUUACUUUGUGGAGCCUUGAGAGGAUCAUGUGAAAUGGUACAAAUGGAUGUGUCUUGUUGGUUUGUGCAAGAUCAACUUAAAGGUGAUUUGGCCACUGAAUUGCGAAUAAAAUUCAACAAAAGGCUAGAAGACGCUAUACCUGCCGGAGAAGACUAAUUAGACUCUGACUCAUCUGUAAAUUAAAUAAUAUUAUUAUUAUACAUUAUGUUUUAUUUUAUUUUUACUUUAUAAUACUAUCUCAUACACUUGUUAUCAUAUAAAAAUAAAUAGUAUCUAA